AUGCUGGAAGGCCGCGUAAAAGAAUGGAAAGCAUGGCGUGUCAAGCUGCAGCUGCCUGACACCAAGGUCCAGACGAUGGAGGAUUUCUUCAUCUGGACAUUCUCGCCCCAGCCACAGAUUGAUCAUGGUGCAUUGUUCGAUGACGUGGUCCGCCUGGGGAUCUUCGCGUGGAAAUACCAAAUUCCGGCAUUGAGCAACCAGGUCACAGACAUGAUUCGCACCAACCUGGCGAGCGGGGAAUGGGAGCUCCUGGCCCAGACUGUCGAUGACAUCUAUGAGGCGGCGCCGGCGGGCAGUCCGCUGCGAGAAGUUGUCCGCGCAGCUCUGGGGCGGGUUCGGUCCAGCGUGGAAGACAAGGGCUCGAUCAGGGAGGAGUGGCGACACACAAUGGUGAAACACUCCCAGCUCGGGGUGGACUAUAUCGAGGCCACACUUUCGGAUUGGAAACGUCAGAACUACUUAUCUGGUGUGUGCCGGUUCCAUGACCACCAGGGGCUCACCAAUCAAAAUGGAUUCCUUGCGGACGGUUGUCCAUAUGCCAAAGAAGACUGUUAUCCAAGUUGGGAGGAGCCUGCCUUGAACGGGUUCAACGUCGAGGAGCAGGAGCCUGGCAUUGUCAGCCCAGAGGCGAAUGGCGGGGCGGAACCUCUAGAUGCGAUACCGGCUGUCGACGAGUAUGUGCAGGGACUCCCAACUAAAGAAGAACCUGCUGUCGAGGAACCGACUCCAGCACCACCCGAGUCGCUGCCUGAAGAAGCACCCGCGGACGUGUUUGAAGAGGAAGCUGUUCCUAUUGAGGAGCCUGUUGCUGCUGAGGAGCCUGUUGCUGCUGAGGAGCCUGUUGCUGAUGAGGAGCCUGUUACUGCUGAGGAGCCUGUUGCUGAUGAGGAGCCUGUUGCUGAUGAGGGGCCUGUUACUGCUGAGGAGCCUGUUACUGCUGAGGAGACUGUUCCUGUUGAGGAGCCUGUUACUGCUGAGGAGCCUGUUACUGCUGAGGAGCCUGUUCCUGUUGAGGAGCCUGUUCCUGUUGAGGAGCCUGUUCCUGAGCCUGUUCCUGUUGAGGAGCCUGUUCCUGUUGAGGAGCCUGUUCCUGUUGAGGAGCCUCCCCCAGAACCUGAUGUUGAGCCUGCACCCACCGUAGUGUCGGAUUCGGCUCUCGAUGAAGCGGACGGGCAUUCCACCAUGGAAACGGUGAGUAUCUUAUCAGACGGGAAAGCGGCCGAGCCUGUGGCCCCCCAAACUAAGGUAGAAGUCAAGAACCUCGGGGGCGGGAAAAAGAAGAAGAACAAGAAGAGGAACAGUGUCAGUCAGAGAAACUGA